AUGCUCCCCCUCUCCUUGCUCAAGUCCUCCACGGGCUACCCCAUCCUGGUCGAGCUCAAGAACGGCGACACGUACAACGGCCACCUUUCCAACAUCGACCAGUGGAUGAACGUCAACCUCAACGACGUUAUCCGCACCUCCAAGGACGGCGACCACUUCUGGUCCGUCCCGGAGAUGUACAUCCGCGGCAACACCAUCAAGUACCUCCGCGUCCCCGACGCCGUCCUCGACGCCGUCGCCGACGAGAAACACGCCCGCGACGCUACAAGGAACCGAAACCGCAGCGGGAGGGGGCGCGGGAGGGGGCGCGCUGGCGGCCGCCAACGCGGCGGCGGCGGUGGUGGGGGCAGAUCCGGACGCGGGGGAUACGGCGGGGGAUACGGCCGCUAA